AUGGUGAAAUUGAAUUGCCGCCACUCGCUGGACAGCCGCGAACCCCACCAAGAUCUAUUGACGCUUGCCGCCCAUCUCCCGCCCCCCGCCCCCUCUCUUCCGAACUACAGUACAACGGCAUUGGAUUGUCUCGCGAUCCCCUCAACAGUCAGUCAGCGAUCCCUGCUGCCUUGGCUCAAACGACUGGUUUCUUCUUCCAGUCCACGUCCGGUUAGCCAAUUGUCCCGCGGCCAGAACGGCACAGCCCGGCUUGGUCUGGUUUUGUCUGAGGCGACGGCUUCGAAUCCAAUGGCGGCCACGGAGCAGAAUGGCAUCGACAUUCUUUGCGAUGCCGCCGGCUCAGACAUGCUCCUUUCGUCCCUGUUCUCCCUCGCAACGCCUGUGUCCUUAGCUGAUUCGAAUCAACGGGCUCAGCCACCCUUGCAGCAGGAACACCAUGAGUUGCAGCAGUCACUGCCUCCUGUGUCGCCCUCGAAGCAUCAGAUCUUUCAGCAGCAGUUGGAUCCCGCACUGCAACAACCCCAAGGGGAAAUAUCCCAGCGAGUUGCCUCUACGUUGCCUGCCAAGAGAAAACUUUCUGAUGCGUCCGCCUCAUCGCCGUCUCACGUCUGCCAUAUCUGCCGUCGCGUCUAUGAGCGAGCCGACCACCUGACCAGACACCUCAGGUCGCACGAGAAUGCCCGGCCGUACCAAUGCACCCGAUGCCCCAAGCGUUUUAAUCGCGCCGACCUCUUGACACGGCACGAGACCACACACGAUCGAGAUGGCGCCGCAAAAGACCGCCCGUUCAUCAGAAGAAGCGACCGCGCGGCCGAGGCAUGUCUCAAUUGCGCUGCUUCCAAGGCAAAAUGCGAAGAUCAGAAACCGUGUAGCCGCUGCCGUAGUAAGAGUUUGGCAUGCCAGAUGCCAGUGAGACGUGGGAACCAAUACCGCACGUCUGAGUCGCAGGCUGGUAUGUCGCCGUCGGACAGUUCAAUGGUUGCCUCAACUACAGGCAACGACAGCCAGGUCUUUACGGCCAGUGAAGCUACCUAUGCUUUGCCCCAAUCAACCAUUGCUAAUCAAGGUCCCGCCGCCGAUGCUGCCGUCGAUUACAGCGUCACCUCUUCUCUCGGCGCGCCCAGACUUGAGGAUUCACCUGGGGAAUCUUUGUUUUUCGCCGCGACGCAAAGCAUCUUUCCGGAGAUUGAGUUCUCUUGGGAUGUAGAUUUUGGCUCGUACAAGAUUCCAGGCUCGGGUGUGGCCGGACGAAAUCCUCAGUCUGGCAAUGCAGGAAAACGCACAUCACACCAAGGCCGUAAAGAUACUGUCUCGGUGGACGCACUCCUUCAGCGUUCAGUAUGGUUGUAUGAGCCCGAGGCCAAUGGUCAGGCAGGGAGCCUAGUGUCUCGCUCCGAUAUCGUUUCACCCUACUUACGCGACAGCAUGUUCGCCAUGGUUCUUGCCAACAAUCCGACUCCACAUCGAGUACCAACAUUCCCAUCAGCUGAGUUAUUGGGCUUCAUGAUCGAGACGUACUUCAAAAGUGAAGACCCCAAGAGUGAGGCUUUUAUUCACAGAUCGUCAUUCGAUCCCUCGACAAGCAGCCAAGAGCUUUUCUCCGCCGUUGUCUCAAGUGGGGCUUCAUGUAUAUCUACUCCGGCUAUAUGGCAAUUCGGCCUGGCUCUCGAUGAGAUCACGGCAAGUGUCAUUGGGAAACGACUUGAAUCUUCAUGCCUGGCCGUGCGAGAUAUCACACUUCUUCAAGCGUCUGUCCUCCACCUUGAAACUGGUCAAUGGAGUGGCUUCAAUCGUCAGGCUGAGAUGGCAGAAAGCUUUGCGCCCCAGCUUUUGACUCUGCUUCGAAAAACAGGGAAGUUGAGCUUCACGUCAGACUUGACUACACAUACGCCCAACGCUGGCGACUCUCUUGAGGCACUUGAGUCGAAAUGGCAGACAUUCACGACAAUUGAAUCUUACAAAAGGUUAGCCAUCCGUACAUUUCUCCACGAUAUGCAAACAUCGAUCGUGUCGUGGAAAGGACCCACGUUAGCAUACAGCCAGCUCGACUUCGCACUUCCGGCGGCCCGUGAUCUCUGGAAAGCUGGUGAUUCCCAGAUAUGGUGGGACUUGAACUUGGCCAAGGGAUCUUUCCCUCCUACCGGUUUCCCUCGCCUUUCCGAUGUGAGAGACUGUCAAUUUGUCAUGACUGAACAGAACACGUGGGUGGACACAGAAUCUUGCUGCAAAACUGCUCUGCAUGGGCUGUGGGGACAAAUCUGGACGUACCGUAACGCCAUCGCUCAAUGUCAUCACGCAGCUCCAGACCGGCCGGGAUCUAAUGUUCCUGAAUGGGCACGCUCUCUUUACCAGGAUCUCUAUGAGGGCCUUCGUAAGCUGUCAACCCAGCUCAAAUCUGCACAGACACCAAAACCUGAGCUAUCGCUUCUUUCAGACUUUUUCAUGAUGAUCAUACAUGUCUCGUUGGACGACGUACAGCGGCUGGCGGGCAGAAAGGGCGACGAAGAAUCUCGCAGAGCAAUGCAGUUAUUAGAGAGUACUUGGCUACCUGGACCAGAGGCCCGGUAUGCUGCCUGGCAUGCUGGACAGGUCCUCCGGCAUGCACAAGAGUGUAUACCAACAACACUGCGAGGAUUCAACGCUAUGGUUGUUUACCUUGCUAGUCUGACGCUGUGGGCGUAUGGCUUGCUUUCGCAGAGAACAGCGAACGGCGAUCAAGGAAUGGGACAAGAAGUCUUAUCACUUAAUGAACCAGAGACGAGGGAGACGACCCUUUUCCUUGAGCUUGGUCAGGGCGCCCCAUCACUUUCGUCUCCAGAAGGGUUGCGUCUUCAAUUAGAGCCUGUGUCGAACUAUGUUGCAGUUUUGUCGCUGGCAAGGCUCAUAUUCCGACAAAACUACCCUGUAGCGAGUGAGGCAAUGCCUCCGCUUGUUGAAAGCUUGUGUCGACAACUUGGUGACCUCCAAGGUGGAUUGGAGGGGUACGUGGUAACGAAAACGUUAUAG